GCGGAGCCAGGCCGGGCCCUGCGGAGGCGCUGGCGGGUCCCGACCGAGUCCCCCGGGCAGCGCCCGGUGCCCCCGCCGGCCGUAGUGCUCGUCCCUGGGGGUGCCGCCUGGCCGGGCGGGGGCGAAGGGCCGGACUGUGCGGUGCUGCUUGUCUGGGGAGUUCCCCUGGGACGUGUUGUCCCCCGGCUCACCUGGAAACCUAACUGCGCUGAGAACCCAGCUCUCGUAACUUCGUUCUUGUUUCUCUUUGAUAGUGAUUUCUUUGCGUCAAAAUUUCACCGGGGUGAAAGUGCAACUGUUGUGAUUGUGUUCUUCCUGUGCAGUACUUUGCAGAGGAAUGCAAGCUUCAAAGACUGAAAAUAGAAGAAAAGCAGAACCAUUCUACUGGCUGUCAGUGGCAAAGCCUAAGACCAGUUCUGAGAUUGUAAAUGAAGCCAGAGAUGCUCUACAAACAGUAAAAACUCAAAGGCUAUUCACACCUACAGAUGAACAAAGGAAACAUUUUGGGUCUCAAUCCUCACAAUGUCCUCAAAAUAGACACCCUCUACUUUAUAGUCUUGAUACUUCUGAUUCGUCUGAAUCAAGACCGAAUUCUGCUGUUCGUCUAAGUCCACUGACUCACAAACCAGUAGUAAUAAUUUCUGAAAAAAAAGAUGAAGCUUCUUCUGUUUUCCAUCCAACACCUCCUGCUGAUGCUGCAGAGGUUAGAAAAGUCAGCAGUGCUUGCAAAGGCUUAUUUAGAACACCUUCUCUGAAAGAUUUAUUUUCUCCUAAGGUGGUUCCUCUGGAUCAGAAUGGAGUGAAACUUGAUUUUGAAGAUCCAACUAUGAUGAUGAAUAGUCUUGACAGAAGUAAUAGUAACUGCUUAGCAGAACAAAAGUUGUACACAUCAUUUAAUGAUGAGAGUAGACAAUUAAUUUGUAAUGAACAUACCAGCAGAUUAGGAAGUGAAGACUCCAUGGAAGGAACACCAAGAAACUUUUCACUUCAGCUGCAAGGAGAAAGUGACCAGAUGGAGGAGCCUGGCAAAAAGUCAUCUCAGCUGAGGACUUCAGGCCAGAAGAGAAGAGUAACAGGCCUAAAGGAUGAAACAAGAAUAAAUGAUUGGGAAGAGGAAGAUUUCUUUUGGCAUACAAGGAUUCUUCCAAUUCUGCGCGACCUGGAAAAAAGAGAAGACAAUAUAGAACACCUUUGUCUAGCUUGUACCAAGCUCCAUCAAGCAUUGGGUGAUGGAAAUAUGCUUGGAAAAAGAUUUAAAAGAAGAAAUAUCCUUCUGAAGACAUUAUAUAGACUUGUAGACCUUGAUUCAGAUCCACUUUCCCUGAAGCUGGCAAAGAUUAUUCUGGCUAUGAAAGUAGAUGGAAAAAAUCUUCUUAGUGUUUGCAAGCUAGCAUUUAAAAUUUGUAGGAACGAAAAAAAUUAUUUCAUCAUUCAAAAUGAUACAUUAUUGGAUUAUUUGUUGCAGGUUCUGUGGAAUGAAGAUCUACAAACAAACCACGAAGCUCUCGUCUAUUGCAUGGCAGCUAUAAAAGUCAUGUCUGAAAAGGAAGUACUCCGUUUUAAAAUGGUCAGCAAAGGAGCUAUUGAAAUGUUUCUGGAAUUAAUGAAGCAGAUUAAUAACAUAAAAGAACAUGACACAUAUUUCUCCAAGUUGGGCCACUUAUUAGUCCAGCUGGCAGCCACCCUGCGGAUCCUGGCCAACUGCGCCCAGGCGCGCCGCCAGCUCAGCCCCGGCGCCGCCAUCCCCGAGCUCUGCGUGGCGCUGGAGCAGCGCAGCGGCGACAAGGACGUGUGCAUCUGGAUUGUCAGCGUGCUCAGCAAACUUUCCACCUACAAUGACUUCUGUGCAGCUUUAGCAGACUGCUCCAGAUGUUACAUUGUAUUUUUAGCCCUGCUAAACAAAUACCAGAAGCAGCAGGAUUUGGUUAUCCGUAUCAUCUUCAUUCUUGGUAAUUUAACAGCAAGGAAUGACCAGUCCCGGGAGCAAUUUUUUAAAGAAAAAGAAAGUGUUAACACCUUGACAUCAUUAUUCCAAACCUACUAUGAACUUGACCUGAACGAAAUGACAUGGCACCAUGAUAGAAAAGGAAAAAACCAACAAAAGUAUCCUUCAGAAGCAGAAGAUGUUCUGAUAAAACUGAUAAGAGUGCUGGCCAAUCUCUCCAUUCACCCUAGAGUAGGUGCAGCUCUGGCAGCUGCCCAUCCUGUUGUAGGAUUACUUGUUACAGUACUAGAAUACAAGUCAGUCGAUGCCUGUGAAGAGUUGGUCAUCAAUGCUGCAACAACAAUCAACAAUUUGUCCUACUACCUAGUGGAGAAUUCUGCAGUUCAAGACAAGAAGCUACACAUUGCUGAAAUGCUUUUAAAGCUGUUAAUGAGUGACAAUAUGGAUGCAGUUGUGGAGGCUGUCAGAGUCUUUGGCAAUCUUUCCCAGCAUCAUGAGAUCCGUGACUUCAUCAUGCAGAGAAAGAUAUACAAGUUUGUGAUUGCUUUGCUGGAUUCCAAGAACCGAGAGGUCUGUUUUCCUGCCUGUGGAGUUCUGCUCAAUCUCACAGUAGAUGAGAACAAACGAGCUUUUCUCAUGGAAGAAGGAGGAAUUGGAAAGUUGGUUGACUGCUUACAAGACUUUGGGCCGGCAGACUGGCAGCUCUCGUGUUUGAUCUGCAAGACCCUGUGGAACUACAGUGAGAACACAGCGAGCUCCUCCUGCUUCGGGGGAAACACCAGCGCGCUGCUGGCGCUGCUCACAGCACUUCUGGAUGAAGAGGUAGAGUUGGAGGGCAGCCUUGACAGAGAUAUAAAGGACUGCCAAAGAGUAUAUUGGGAAAGAGAGUUCAAACCCGUGGCAGAAAAACUUCUUGACAGAAUUCAAAGCCAUCACUCUUCCAGCUGAGUCUAUCACUCCAUUUUAAUCAGUCGGAGUGUUUUUAUCAGGAGUAUUUCUUCAAAUAAUUUGGAAAAGUCUUAAUAAAUUCAUAUACAGACUACAGCUGCACUACCUGAAGAGCACACAAACAUGCUUUCUCUCUUCUCUCUCUCAAAACGCGUGGCCAUCUCUUCUUGGCUGGC